GCCAACUAAAUGAUCAGACUAUAUUUAUACUGAAAAAAUGGUGUAUAAUAUAGAUAAGACAGUGAUGUGUUGUUGUGUAUGAAGAUGGCCCCAGAUUAGUUAAGGUACUGAUUGUGUAAGAUUGUGUAAUACUAUCUCUCAAGUGCUCACACAAUGUUGCCGUUUGUUUUACUUGUUUUUGCAUCAUCAAUAACCUGUUAUGAUGCGGCUAGGAUAUUAGCUGUAUUUCCCGUACCAUCUAUCAGUCAUCAAGUAGUGUUCCGACCUCUUACUCAAGCACUGGCCAAGCGAGGACAUGAAGUCACGGUCAUCACACCAGAUCCUGCCUUCCCAAAAGGCGGAGCACCUGAGAAUCUCACAGAAAUCGAUGUCCACUUUUCCUACGAAAUCAUGAAAGAAAUGUACAAAGUUACUUCUUCGGGAGACGCAACUAUGGUACAGAAAAUGAGAGUAGGCUUUGACCUGAUAGCCAAGGUUUUUGAAGACCAAAUCCAGAAGGAUGUAGUGAAAAAUGUUUUGAAAGACCAAAAGUACGAUUUGUUAUUACUUGAAGCAUGUGCGAGACCUGCGUUGAUGUUAUCUCAUGUAUUCAAAGUGCCUGUGAUUCUUGUGUCUUCAUUUGGACCUAUGAAUUUCAAUGUGCAGACUAUAGGAUCAGCUUGGCACCCAUUGGUGUUUCCUCUAAGUAUGAACCAGAGGGUAUAUAACCUGACAAAUUGGGAGAAGAUAUCCGAACUAUGGAACUUAUAUCAACUAGAUAUUGUGCUUAAAGAAGUUGAAGAGGAAGAGAACGUAAUGGCGAAACGAUUGUUUGGACCUGAUAUUCCACCUAUGAGUGAAUUAAAAAAUAAUGUUGAUAUGUUGUUUUUGAACAUACACCCUGUUUGGGAAGGGAAUCGUCCGGUUCCUCCUAGUGUGGUUUAUAUGGGUGGUAUGCAUCAAAAACCUGUAGCAGAAUUACCAAAGGAUCUCAAGACCUACUUGGAUUCUUCGAAACAUGGUGUCAUAUAUGUGAGCUUUGGUACAAAUGUACAACCUUCACUGUUACCUCCAGAGAAGAUACAAGUGCUCAUCAAAGUAUUCUCUGAGCUACCUUACGACGUGCUGUGGAAGUGGGACAAAGAUGAGCUCCCCGGACGUAGCAGUAACAUUAGGAUAUUUAAGUGGCUGCCACAGUCAGACCUCUUACUGCAUCCCAAGAUAAAGCUGUUUGUCAUGCAAGGAGGUCUUCAAUCAACUGAUGAAGCUUUGACCGCAGGAGUCCCUAUGAUAGCUUUCCCAAUGCUAGGUGAUCAAUGGUACAAUGCAGAACAAUAUGAGUACCACAAGAUUGGAGCCAAACUUGCUAUUGACACGGUGACUGAGGAACAAUUUAGGAACACUGUUAAAAGACUCAUUGAAGAUGAGAGCUAUCGUCGCAACACAAAGCAACUUGGCAAGCUGAUGCGUGACCUACCAGUUCAUCCACUUGAAAAUGCCGUGUGGUGGACGGAGCACGUGCUGCGUCACGGCGGCGCGCGACAUCUGCGCUCUCCCGCCGCCAACAUGUCGUGGACACAGUACCUAGAGCUAGAACUAGUUUUUACUGUACUCAGUGUGGCACUAAGCUUUGUCCUGUUAAUCUGUCUUCUAGUGUAUAGCUUGUGGAAGUACUUUAGUAUAAGUUUAGAGCAUAAGAAGUUGAAAGACAAUUGAAUGGAAUCAAGAUUUUGUCAGUUCCUGUAAAAACUUAACCGAACCAUUUGAGUUGUCAAGUCGCCUAUUUAACUAGUGGGUGGCAAUUCCUCGUGUUUUCUUCGGUUUCUUCGGCAUUCUUCGGUUUGGUUCCUACCAGACUAAGGGACUAUGGAGUCCCGGAUUUUUUUAAGUAAUGUAAAUGUUGUUUUCCAUAGACUAAAUAUUAUGUAUUGUCAACAGAGUUAUUACAUAUAGUUAUUACUAUUGUCGCCAAAGCAAACACGCUGAAGCCCUUUUGAAACAACUUUAAUGAAUUUGACGAAAUUGUUUGGUUAUCGAAAUAGUUGCAAAUGAUGUACAGCCAUAAUGCUUAAAUUUUAUAACUGUGUGAGAAUUAAUUAAUGAACAGACUUUUUUUUAUUAUUAUUAUUUGUAUAAUGUUAAGGAUUAGUCGUUUAGAAAUAUUGUAUUGGACAUUGAAUUUGUUUGAGUAGGUCCUUAAUUGUUGAACUCGAGAUUCUGAAGCAUGUACCUUAUUAUUUUAAAGAGCUCUUUUAAUUAUUUCUUUAACUGUGGUUGUGUUAAUAGUAACAGUGACAGAAUAAAAGUGUUUCAAAACAUAA